AUGGCUAACAGAUUGUCUUUGGUGCUAAAUACUUUGGUUGGUCCUAAGCAAAGUGUAUUUGUGAAAGAUAGGAAAAUUCAAGAUGCUUUAAUUUUGGCUCAUGAAAUGAUUGAGGACUUUAAAGGACCAAGACAUGCCUCCAUGGCUUUAAAGGUGGACAUAAAGAAAGCAUAUAAUUCAGUUUCAUGGGAUUUUUUGCUAAAGAUACUGAAGGGGUAUGGUUUCAGUGCUAGAGAAGAAAUUUCAGUGACACAUGCUGCUGCUCAAACUCAACCUACAAUGAAUCUUGUUUUCUUUGCUGACGACCUUUUGAUUGCCUAUAAAGCUUCUGUCCCUAAUGCUAAAGCUUUAGUUGGUUUAUUUAAAAACUUUGAGGAGUUAUCAGGGUUACAAAUCAGUCAACAGAAAAGCACUGUUAUAUUUUCAAGGGCAGUGAGAAGGAAACAAACAUUGCUUAGAGUUUUGAAAUGCUCUGAAGAACAGUUUCCCAUCAAGUAUUUGGGGUUGCCUCUAAGCCCUUAUGGAUUGAAGAAAGCAAACUGUCAAUGUUUAAUUGAUAAAGUCUCAGGGAAGAUUAACUGCUGGUGUACCAAGAUGCUCUCUGUUGCUGGUAAGGUGGAACUUAUUAGAUCCACUAUUAAUCCUAUCUUUCUGUAUUGGUGCAGUAUAUAUACUGUUCCUGUUUUUGUGAUCAAUCAACUGCAAAAAAUGUGUAGGAAUUUUAUAUGGGGUAGUACUGAUCAUUCCAAAAAACUACAUCUCAUGAGUUGGGAUAUGAUUACUAGAGAUAAGGCUGAAGGUGGGCUUAGGUUGAGAAAACUUGUGAAUAUUCAGUCUGCUUCAAAAGUUGUUCUUACUUGGGAUUUUUUGACAAGUAAAGAUAGACUUUGGGUGUCUUGGUUCAGGAAUAAAUACACUUCUCAAUCAAAUUACUGGAAUGUCAUUCCUAAGAUCACUCAUUCUGUUAUUUGGAAAGCUAUGCUGGAGAUUAGAGAUCCUAUGUUGCAGCAUGUCAAUUUCUGUAUUGGGAAUGGUCUGAUGUUUAAUAUGCAAGAUCCUCGGUGUGAUGGUCUGACUUUUUCUCAAAGAUUUGGACAUAGAGUGUUAAGGUCUCUAAAUACUCCUAAAACUGCUACAUUGAGCAGGUUACUGAGAAAUGGUACUUGGGAUUCGAAUUGA